CCAGCCGACGCAAACAGACAUAAGAUCUGGUGAAGACGCAACAGUCGCCAAAGCGAUUAAAACCGAUUAAAAACGGAACCCUUCGAUCGGGCAAAGUGCCAACGCGUAACAGCUGUCGCGAUGUUUGGAUAAGAGCGCAGAAGACGCCCGCAGCUAUCGGAAUAAAACGUCGGCGGUUCCGUGGGGUGUUUUUCUUUCUUAUUCCCAGCCGGCCGCGUCCCUCCAUCGGGGGAAUGAGCGCGCAGGAGCAGCAGCGGCUGCGCGCCCUCUUCGACGCCUACGACGCGGACAAGUCGGGGCGGAUCGAGAGGGACGAGUUCCUCACCCUCUGCGCGGAGCUGCAGGUGUCCAAGAAAGAGGCCGACCGAAUAUUUAACCGACUGGACGUCGACAGCGACGGGACCGUGACCCUGCCGGAGUUCCUCAGCGGCUUCCAGGGCCGCUACGGAGAGGACAUGGAGCCGGAUGGAGGAGGAGAGGUGUCCGCCGCCUGGGAGAACUUCGAGAUGAGACUAGGGGAGCAGGCCAAGUUCAUCCCCAGGAAUGAACAAGCAGCUAUGUUGUACCAGAACAUCAGUCUGACUGAGCCCAGACUGAUCCAUCAGUUCGAGAAAGUCAUCCUGAACUUCACCAAAGAGAUCAAACAGCAGAACUCAGAGAUGGAGAACCUAGCCCUCGCCAUCAAAAGAGCGCAGGACCAGGCAUCCAUGCAGCUCAGUGAAAUGGAAGAGGAGAUGGACCAGCGCAUUCACGCCGCGGAGAGAAAAAUACGAGAGCAGGAGAAAAGGCAAGCAGACGCCGCGCUGAGUGAGUUACGGAGGAGUUAUGAGACAGAAGUGUGUGAGCUGCAGUGUAAGAUCCAGAGGAUGCAGAUGAUAGAAGAGAAGUACAAGAACAUCACUGGGAAAGACGAGGGUCCGGCGCUGAAGAAGAGGAUCAAUGAGCUGACACUGGAGAACCAGCGGUUAAAACAGGAUCUGUUGAAGUCUCAGACCAAAGUGGCCUGUCUGCGCAGCGAGAUGGACUCUCUGAAGACGGAGCUGACCGAUCAAAACAUCAGCUCUGAACGAGACGAGGAGCUCAUGAAACACUUCUCUGAUGAGCGAGACAUCCUGGAGAGACAGAUCGAGAUCCUGCAGGCAGCCAACAGGAAGCUGAAUGACAGCAACGAUGGGCUGAGGGCGGCCAUGGAGAGGACCAACAGGUCCAGUAACGACGGAUCACCAGCAGACAUUAGGGAACGAAGCAGAAGUAAAAGCAUCUGCCACACGUCACCUUAUGCACUAACUGAUCGGUUUUGCCAGCGCAUGGAAGACUUCCCCAUCUACAGCCGUCGACCCAGCUGCGACACGCUGGCCUUGGCCAUGUGUGACCCGGGCAUGAGGCACAGGCACAGCAGCGAGUGCGAGGAGGACAGCCUGCCCGAGAUCCAAACGGACAGCGGCCUGUCGACGCUCAGGCGUUCCCACGGAGGCUACGAUUCGGAGCAGGAGGUCAAAAGUCAAGAAGAAGAAGAAGAGGAAGAGAAGGAGGGAGAGAGUGAGGGGAAGAUAGGGGAGCCCGACAACAGCGACAGCCUAACAGGAGAAAACUCUGACACUGAGCCGGCAGACAAUCAAGACAGUGAGUCGGCAUUCGGGUCAGAAAGCAGCUCCGUUUUGGACUGGAAACCAUCUGAAUCCAUUAGUGUGCCCAAAAUUCCAGCCCCAACCACACGGAAAGCCCUGAGUGCCAUCAGUGUCCAGAAGGUGGACAACAUGGACCUUGGCUACAUGACAUCAGAGAAGGCCUACAGGAUUGUAUUGGCUGGAGAUGCCGCUGUUGGAAAAUCCAGUUUCCUUCUUCGCCUCUGCAAGAACGAAUUCAAAUUAAAUUCCAGCGCUACACUGGGAGUGGAUUUCCAGAUGAAGACUCUAGUCGUGGACGGAGAUCCUGUUUUACUACAAAUAUGGGACACAGCAGGACAAGAGAGGUUUCGCAGCAUUGCAAAGUCGUAUUUCCGCCGGGCGGAUGGUGUGUUGCUGCUGUACGACGUCACCUGUCAGAAGAGCUUUCUUAACGUCCGGGAGUGGGUGGACAUGAUAGAGCAGGAUGUUUCCCAGGAGGAUAUUCCCAUCAUGCUUGUGGGUAAUAAGUGUGAUCUUAGACCAGAUAAAACAAACUGUGUUCCUACCAGCUAUGGAGAAAAACUGGCUAUGACAUACAACACACUGUUCUGUGAAACUAGCGCCAAAGAUGGCUCCAACGUCCUGGAGGCUGUGCUGCACCUGGCCAGGCAGGUGACCAAAAAGGCUGCAUUUGAUGACAAAGGUUACGAUCAGUCGCUGCCUAACCUGGAUGCUCCCAGGAAGAAACCAAACUUCUCUUGCUGCACCUGAUCAGGUUCAUCAGAACUGCACCUCGUCACAGGUGAUUCAUGGACUACAAAUGCAGAAAGACUGCAGAAAUGAGACGUGAUCUCUGCAAAAGUAAAGUGGAGCAAAUAACAAAACAAAGAGGAUCAAAUCAUCGUCGUGCAUAACCCAAAUAAUUCAGUAAAAAUACAAAAACACAAAUGUGCAAACAAUCACAGGAUCCCAUCAGAAUACUCACAACUUGUCACGUCAGUUCAGAUUUUUAUUCAUACAUGUUAUAUUGAGCCGUAUUUAAGCCACAACUUGGAGUUGAACUGUGAGCUCAUUCAUGAAUGUUUAAGUCAGUGCAAACCGCGUGGAAGUUAUGUUCAUUUUCUAUUGCGCUGUUACACAUAUUUGCAGAAGUUCCUUCCUCGUAGGAUUUGUUGGUUUUUCUGGCAAUUGCGAAGACACCGCAAGUUCAAAAGAGAAAGAUUGCGUGUGAAAUGCGUGUGACGGAUUUAGUAAGUAAAGCCAGGUGAGCAUAUUUAUGAAGUGGCUUAAGUAUGUAAGACAAAUACCUGCAGGAGAUGAUUACAGCUCAUUACAAUUUGAAGUGAAUAAGGCAAAGAGACUAGAUUAUUAUUUGGUCAUGCUAUUAACGGUGGCACUUUUCUAAUUUGCUCUGUUAUGACCAGUGUUUGCGUUAGGAGUUUGCGUCAUCAAGAAUGUCAAUCUAUAUUACAUGGCGACACUAAGAAUUAGGGGAAAACUUAAAACAAAAUCUUCAAUUUUGUUUAUAUACAAUGAACCCUGUUGCAGUGUUUAUUGUAUGGUCACAAUCCACUGUCCACUGUUUGUUAUAUUACUCCACAGUGUUACAUUUAUUUUCCUCUGACUUCCCACUGGGGGUGUCUGUUAUAUAAGUUGUAUGAUAUAUGAUAAUGAUGAUAAAUUUUCAUGAAUGUGUUGUAUAACAAUCUUUAAUUAUAUUUUCUGGAAAAUGAUGAUUCCGCUGAAGGGCUGAAGGGCUGUGUAUAAAAGAAUCAACAUGCUUCAAAUCAAAUGCUCAAACAGCACCUGAAACUAAUCACCACUAAACUUAAUUUAGUUCGCAAUUGUGUACCCGUGUUUUUAUAACUUAAUUUAUUCAACUUCUAAACAAAUGGUAGAUAAUACGUGUCAUGUCGAGCUUCACUUCAAAUGUUACAUGAAACAGAAGAAAGGAAAAGAGAUAAGAGAAAAGAACCAUCAGAUACAGUCACAUGAUUACAUAGCAAAUAUAGAAACCAUGUAUAUGUAAUGUAAUAUACAUAAACGUCAAAUUACAUACAUUACACAGCACUUUUUUCAGUAUUCACUUAAUUGCUUCUGGCUCUCGUGGUUUACGUACAAUUGUGGGCCCACACAUUUCAUUUGGAUUUAUCACAGAAAUUUGAUUUUUAUUUACAGAUCUAAUCAGGAAAUGUGAUACAAACAUUACUCACAGUCCAUGAGGGAGGAUAGUUUGACAUAAAACUAAGUGGAAAAAAUGUCUCUGCUUCAAAGCAACCUACAAACCUCAGCAUUGAAUUAAAGCAAUGCAAUCAAACAAUAUAAAGUAUUUCUUUACUUUUCUUAUAAUCAUCAAAAUGUAUUUAAGUAAAAUCGUGUUGUGGGGUGAUUAUAGACAUUAACACAUGCAGCCUUAAGGGGGCAGAGUGAAUCGUCCUUUAACCAUCCGGUUGUCUGCGUGUCCAAGUGUCCUGAGUGAGAAACUGCAAGUUCCCCCCGGGUUCUUUACAGCAGCUUACUGCUCCUAAAUGCUGUGGAAUGGUCAAAUGCAGACUUUUCAUUUCAUGUAGGUUAUGUGUAUGACAAUUCAAAUAAAGUUUAAGUUGGUGUUUA